AUGGUGUUGCUAGCACAUCGUGCUUUCAUACAGACAAACACAGGCAAAUCCCCGUUCUUGCUGAUGUGCGGUCGGCAUCCACGCCUUCCAGUUGGUCAGGAAGUUAAGUUGUGUCUGGCAGCACGUCUGUCUCCGGAGGAGCUGGGAGAGCAAACUCUGAUUGACUGUUUAACAUCGUUACGAAUAAAAAUGAGCGCGACGGUUUCCUGGGAACAUUUCCUCCCCGCAAUUCGUGUACCAAGCUCCGAAGACAAAAUAUUCAAAGACGAAUGUCCUUUUCACUUUGAAACAGCAGAAUCUGGUGAUGGUUUGUAUGUAUGUCUGAAACACUUCAUUGGAGUUGGAGCCAGUGCGCUUCGAAAGUACGCUGCCUCAGCUGAUUCUCGGGUCUUUCUACAGUACAAGAUCAAACGGACAUUUAAGAAUCGAGAUCCUUCUUCAGAACCACACCCAACCAAACUGGCAUUGGGGGUCCCUGGAGGUUUUGAUCUGCCUCAAGACCGUUAUAGCGUUACGGAACAGUGGGCUCUGGUAUUGCUGCCUCAGGGAGAACGAGUGGAAAUACCAUGUCCGUCGGAGGGUAGUCCUUUGGCUGAUAUCUCUCACCUCGUACCGCUGGGAAUGCCGGAACGGCUUGCCAAAGCUGUUUCUAUCGUCCAACAUGCCGAAUCUGCACUGCUGCUGGAAGAACGUGCCAGGAAUGUUGAGGCGUGGGAAGAUGAAAACAUUCGACCAAUAUCCUCCCACUCGUUGGAGUUGAAGCAAUUGGACAAUGGUGUUCGGAUCGCCCCAUCGUACGUCAAUUGUUUUUCCACAGAUCCUUCUUCAGAACCCCACCCAACUAAACUGGCAUUGGGGGUCCCUGGAGGUUUUGAUCUCCCUCAAGACCGUUAUAGCGUCACGGAACAGUGGGCUCUGGUAUUGCUGCCUCAGGGAGAACGAGUGGAAAUACCAUGUCCGUCGGAGGGUAGUCUUUUGGCUGAUAUCUCUCACCUCGUACCGCUGGGAAUGCCGGAACGGCUUGCCAAAGCUGUUUCUAUCGUCCAACAUGCCGAAUCUGCACUGCUGCUGGAAGAACGUGCCAGGAAUGUUGAGGCGUGGGAAGAUGAAAACAUUCGACCAAUAUCCUCCCACUCGUUGGAGUUGAAGCAAUUGGACAAUGGUGUUCGGAUCGCCCCAUCGUACGUAGGUCAUUACUCGUGA